GUCACUCAGCUUCUUUGAAGCUUUGUUUGGCAACGGCAAUGAAGAUUGUGACGCUCUUUGCUUUGAGCGCUGCAGUGAAGUUUCGAGUGCACCCAACAGCAGAUGACGAAUGGUGCACCGGCAACCAGUUCCCGCUGGACGUGGAUGCCUCCUACCACGCGGCUGGGCUGGCGAAGGGUGAGGAUCUCUUCAACAAGGAGGACUUAAGCCAGUUCCAGGUGAAGUUAGGACAGGUGCAAGAAUGGGCGGCUGCUUCGCCCUGGCACCUCAGAGUCACAGUCAACAGCUCGCUUAGCAGCGAAGUGAAGUUUGGCUUUCCUGGGACAGGAGGAUUUUUGAUGAUUUCGGUGCCACCCAAUGCCAAAGGUGAGCUCGUGGUUACAGAUCGCGUUGGGGCAGCGCAGGAGCCGACCUUUCAAUACCGUGAGGGUCCAGCACGACUCGACGGUGAUGUGGUCUUUACGAAGUUCUGCUUGAGACCGAAGCUGUGUGGCGAGGAGGACUUUUGUCAGGAUGGUUGGAAGGCAAAGUCCGGCGAUGCCUUGCCCGGAAACAGCAGGAUGGAGUGCUGCGACCAGAUUCAAUGUGCAGAGUCUGACAAGGUAGAUGGAUGCAGUGGGACUACGUGGACCAAGAAGCCCAAUUUCACAGAGCUGCAAGGUCACACAAAGGAGCAGUGUUGCCAGCCGCUUUUGUGCACUGCAGACGUGUGCAAAGGCUCCGAUGUCAAGGUCAAAAAUGGCACAGGCAUACUUGGGAGUACAGCCGAGGAGUGUUGCGAGCCUGCGUACUGCCGGGAUGUCGAAUGCCCCUCCAUGACAGAGUACACCCGCCUCAUCCACAACGACGAUGGCACUGCUCGCAGAGGCAGCACAGCAAAAGACUGCUGCAAGGAAGCCAAGUGCGCUGAUCUGGACUGCGGCGCCAGCCCUCGGAGCGCCUGGAAAAACAGCAGCCGGCAAGGCUUGGGCAGCACAUAUCCGGAGUGUUGCGACAAGAGUUACUGUGCAGACUUUACCUGCCAACCGUCAACAAAAUGGGUCUCACGAAAUUUGUCUUCACUCCGUGGAGGUAACACAGAGGCUUGCUGCCAGCCCUUGACGUGCAAGCGCUACACUUGCAAAGAUCCUUCGCUUGUGCUCAAGCAAGCGGCUGGUCUUCUCGGAAGCACUGAUGAAGAAUGCUGCGAGUUGAAAAGCUGCAAAGACUACACUUGCAGUGAUGCCACGAAAUGGACUAAGAGACCCGUCCUGGUGGAUGGUGUGCUCCGGAAAGGCGUUGAUGACGCAACCUGCUGCGAGGAUAUUUUUUGCAUGCACUCCAUUGACUGCGAAGGAGUAGAUGGCAGCAAGUGGCGCACAAAGAAACCACUUGAACUUCAAAAUCUUCAAGGAAGCACUGCCAAGCAAUGCUGCGACGCGAAUUUGUGCGAAGCAUACACCUGCAGUACUGAUGUUGAUGGAGAUGGAGAUGGGACAAAGUGGUACAAGAAGGUAGACACCAACGCGCAUAAGUACCAGGGCCAAAGCGACGAGGAAUGUUGCUUUCCCAAGUACUGCAGCUUGUAUACCACAAAGUUACCGUCCAGCAAAUGGAAGCGGAAUUCCACAGUUGGACUUCUUGGCAGCACAGACGGUGAAUGCUAUGUGGAACGAAGGUGUGUGGAUGAAGUCAAUUGUCAUGCCUUGGGCAUUGCAGUGAAUGUCACUGAUGAAGACCGGCUUGGCAGCACGAAAGACGAGUGCUGCUGGUAGGCGCAUGGACAAACAAUGCAUCAAGAGCCACAUCUUUCCCGUGAAAACUUAAGUCAAGUCAAAGAAGUAGUUCGCGCGGCAUUGGAUUUGACGGUUUCAUAGAAACACAUUCGGCAGUCUUACCCAUGCAUGGUUUCAGCAACUCGCAUGAUGGCAGGGAAUAAACACUGCCAAGAGGUAGUCGAAGC